GCCAAUCGAUGAGAAAAAAAAUCAUUCACCUACCGAAGAGUGAAGGGCAAGGAAUUUUGUCAACUUUUUACGGUCGUUCUCCCCAAUUCAAAAGUCACCAUGACCAACUUAGUCACCAAAAGUUCAUACAUGCUGGAAACGUUGGGUAAAAAGACCCCCAAGCUGUUUGCCGCAUCAUUGCCUGCAUGUCCUUUAUGGAGUAACAGUCAGCAGCGUCGAAAUCUCAAUGUACAUGAACAUGUCAGCUAUUCGCUAUUGAAAGGUGCUGGCAUACCUGUCCCUAAGUUUGGAGUAGCCAAAACUGGAAAGGAAGCAGCUGAUUUAGUGCGAGGACUGGGACUCACAGAUAUUGCAGUUAAAGCUCAGGUGUUGGCUGGUGGUCGUGGAUUAGGUCAUUUCAAAAAAGGAUUCAAAGGCGGAGUUAAAAUGGUUGACACUGCAGAAGAAGCUGAAUAUGUAUCAGAUCAGAUGUUAGGAGACUUUUUGAUAACAAAACAAACUGGAGAGAAAGGCCGUAUUUGUAAUGCAGUUAUGGUUGCUGAACGUGUAUAUGCUAGAAAAGAAUUUUAUUUUGCUGUUAUGAUGGAAAGAGCUUUUGGUGGUCCAGUUUUAAUAGCGUCUUCUCAGGGUGGUGUAAAUAUAGAAAAAGUUGCUGAAGACAAUCCGGAAGCAAUUUUAUAUAUGCCUAUUGAUAUCACAAAAGGUAUAUCUAGAGAACUGGCCUUAGAUGUUAUCACCAAAGUUGGAUUGACUAAAAAGAAAGAUGAAACCGCUGAUGUUAUUUUGAAGUUAUAUGACUUAUUUCUUACCAAAGAUGCUCUAUUAAUUGAAGUUAAUCCUUAUGCUGAAAGUAUUUCUACUGGAGGAUAUUAUUGCUUGGAUGCCAAAUUCCGAUUUGAUGAUAACGCUGAGUUUAGACAAAAAGAAUUGUUUGAUUUGCGUGAUUGGACUCAAGAAGACGAAAAAGAAGUUGAAGCUUCUAAAUUUAAUUUAAAUUAUAUUGCACUUGAUGGUACUAUUGGUUGUUUGGUAAAUGGUGCUGGUUUGGCAAUGGCUACUAUGGAUAUAAUAAACUUGCAUGGUGGACACCCAGCUAAUUUCUUGGAUGUUGGAGGUGGUGCUACUGCUUCUCAAGUGAAAGAAGCUUUUAAAAUUAUCACAUCAGACCCUAAAGUGUGUGCUAUUAUGGUGAAUAUUUUUGGUGGAAUAAUGAGAUGUGACAUCAUUGCUGAAGGAAUAAUUGCAGCAGCUCAAGAGUUGAAUCUAAAUGUACCUAUAAUUUGUCGUCUACAGGGAACAAAUGUUGAUGAAGCAAAACUUCGUAUUGCAAACUCUGGUAUGAAAAUUUUGCCAGUAGACAAUCUAGACGAAGCUGCUCGUUUAGCAGUGAAAUUAUCUGAAAUCGUGAAUCUAGCUCGUGAACAACACUUGGGUGUUAAUUUUGAAAUGCCCAUCUAAAACUUAAAUAAAUAAUUUAACAGUAAUUAUGAAUAUGUUAACUAAUACUGGUACUUAUAAAACUAUUGCACAUUUGAUUUCUAAAUACUACAUAAUAAUGAUUAGUGAAACAAAAUUUGUAUUCUUAUUCAAAGGUUUAGUAAAUUAUUUAAAGAAGACAUAUAUAUGCUUUAAUUAUUUUUUUUUUUUUUACUGUUUGAACCUCUUAAAUGUAUUUGUGUUUGGUUUCUUAUACUCUUUAAAAUUCAAUAUAAAAAUGGCUAUUGUUUUAAUAAUAUUUUUCUUUGAUUGUUCUUGUCUGAUUUAUUGUUUUGUAUAAUAAUAAUAAUAUAACUUUUUAAUUUAUAUAUCCAAAUAUUGUUUUACUAAUAUUGUUCAUUUGCAUGGUAGUUACCUUUAUGACUAAGUUUUACUAUUGAUUUAAUUGUCUGGUUUUAAUUUUAAAAAGAUAAAAGAAAGAAAGUAUUAUUGCUGUUUGUUUACAAGUCUCCGUAAAUUAUAUAAUGUAUAAUUUGUAAAGAUUUAUCCACACUAACAGCUUUCAAUAUGAGAAGGCAUGUAAAACAUUUAUUUUUAUGCUAUGUAGCUAAUUCGCCUAAUCUUAUAUUCAAUUGUAAAUGGUAUGCUAUGUUACCUUUGUUUGUAUUUUAUAAAUUGUUCCUUUUUUAAAAAAAAAAAAAUGAAAGAUUAAUUUUAUUCAACUAAGUUAGUUUAGGUACUUUUUUUAAUUUAAUUGAAUUAAACAUAAACAAUAAUUACUGUAGAUACUUAGACUACCAUUACCAUAUUAUUAUUAUUGUUAUUGUUAAUUCUACAUAAUAUUAUUGUAAAUUGUCAUGAAUGUAAUAAAUAAUUAUUAUAACAUGAA